UAAAAAUAUUGUAAGAGUCUUCAUAUUGGAAAUUAAUUUCAAUUAAAUUAUCGCUAAUGAUAACAUACAAAUGAUAACCUCUGCAAGAUCUUGUUUCUAACGUUUUCCUUGUUCGGUGACCAUUAAAUAGAUGAUGAUGCUUUCAACGGACGGCGAUUCGGCCAUGUUUGCCAGACUACAGUCAAACAAUAUUAUCGCCAGACUCGUGGCAACUUUUGACCGAACUGUGAUAAUUGAGUCUUUAUCAGUCUGAUUAACUACUUGUCUUCGCGCUUUCUAAGGCACUCAUCGUUCAACCAUUAUCGAGAGUGUCAGUAUUUUUGUCCUUUUCAUUUAUUACUCAAAUCUUACAGAAGAAGAGUGUGCAGUAUGGCAUCCCAGAUAUACGAAUUUAACGUGGAAAUGACCUGCGGUGGAUGCUCUGGAGCGGUCGAAAAAGUUCUUGACAGCAAAUCUGGUGUCGAAAAUGUGAGAAUUGAUCUUCCUGCUAAAAAGGUCUAUGUAAAGUCCACUCUCUCCUCUGACGAAAUUUUAAGUUACAUUAAGAAAACUGGUAAAGCUUGCUCCUUUGUGGGUAUACAAACCUAAAUAAUCUUUGUUUAAUGGCCAUAUGGCAGCUUCUAAAUAUUUCCUAAAAGAUUCCGUUAAAAAUACAUUUUCUGUUUAUUAUGCAUAUAAACGUUAUAACGUAUAUUCUAUAUUCGUUAAAUAAAAAAAAAAUAAACGUACACUUAUAAACGA